AACCCGCUAAUGUACUUGGCAAAACUUAGGAUCUCUUCGGCAUUACUUCAAGAAUGGAUUUCUUUCUCAACCCCCAAGCUUCAUCAUUUCAUUUUUCGUUCUAUAUAUAUAUCCGUCCAGUCCAAAGGUUUCAAUUAAAAUAUUGAUCACUCCUGUUUCUGCUGAAAAAUGAAUUCAGGAGGUGCAGACCAGCAACAAGUGCUUCAUGGUACGCUUUAUGUGACUAUCUUCAAGGCUGACCCACUUCAAAGAAAACCCGAGAGUUCAGAACAAAGGCCACCUUUAAAGUCUGCACCGUCUGAUACCGUCUCAGGCAGUGCAGUUCGCGCGGUUUAUGAGGUGAAAGAAGAUUUUGAUUUGCUGAUCAAAGGAAAAAGUGAGGUGAGUGGAGAGGAAGACUCUCUGUAUCAAGAAGGUCUCUACGCAACAAUCGAUCUCGGAAACGCGACGGUGGCGCGGACCAAAUGCGUAGCAGAUUCCACCGACCUCACUUGGAACGAAAUUUUUCGCAUUAAUUGUGCGCAUUCUGUGUCACGUAUUGCAUUCACCAUCAAAGAAAAUAAUAUUUGGGACGAACUGAAAAUCUCCAGUGCACUGGACAAGGUUAAAGUCAAAACAAUUGGUAAAGCUUAUUUGCCCGUUGCUGAACUCAUGACCAAUCUACAAGCGAUGGAGAAACAGAUCAAGAUAGAGGAUGAGGGGCGUAAUCAGAUAGAAGAGAAGUCUUAUCUUCAUGUCAAAAUUCUUUUCGUUAGUGCUCUUCAGGAGUCUCAAUGGUUUCCCAAAAUUGGAAGUCCAAAAUUCACAGCAGUUCCUUACUCCUUCUACCCGGCAAGGGAAAGAUGCAGGGUUACUUUGUACCAAGAUGCUCAUGUCCUCAGUGAUUUCAACCUGCAACUUGUUCCGAGUUUUGGCGAGGAGCAGAACUUCGAGACAAACAGAUGUUGGGAGGACAUGUAUGAGUCUAUCAGUAAGGCUAAACAAUUGAUCUACAUAGCCGGUUGGUCUUUCAAUCACAAAGUCAGAUUGGUUAGAGAAGGGGUAAACCCCAAUGAGAUUCCAACCAUUGGAGAGCUGCUCAAGAAAAAGGCUAAAGAAGGUGUUGGAGUUCGCAUGCUGAUUUGGAAAAAUCUAUUUGCUGACAUAAUAUGUAAAACCAAUGCAAACGAAACCGAAAAUUUUUUCAAAGGAACUGCGGUGAAGUGCCAUCUUUCUUCACGCUCUGUUGCUGACAAGCCGAUGAUUACAAAUUCUUCUAAGAUACCUUACUCGCAUCAUCAAAAGUUUGUGGUGGUUGACAGUGAAGUGCCCGAUGGAGAGACAAAGAAAAGGACGAUUGUGAGUUAUAUUGGCGGUCUGGAUCUUGACACUGGUAGAUAUGAUACACCAAAGCAUUCCCUCUUUCGGACUCUACAUACAGUCCACAAAGAUGAUUUCCAUCAGACUUGCUUGAAAGGAGCAUCAUGGGAAAAAGGUGGUCCAAGGCUACCAUGGCACGACAUACACUGUAAGAUUGAAGGACCAGCUGCUUGGGAUGUCAUGGACACUUUUGAGCAAAGGUGGACGUUUGAAGUUCGUGACAUUAAUUGGUCGUUGCCAAAGAAUCCCGACCUAAUUAGGGAUACAUCAACGGUUAUGUCUUCCCCGACACAUCCAGACCUGGAGUCUUGGAAUGUUCAAGUGUUUCGAUCUAUGGACGAUUGUGUUGCUUCAGGGUAUCCUAAAGAUCUGUCUGAGAUGGUUUCAAGAGGGCUUGUUAGCAAGAAAGGUGUCAUCAUCGAACAGGGAAUUCAGGAUGCAUACGUUAAUGCAAUCCGCCGAGCAAAGAAUUUUAUUUACAUUGAAAAUCUGUUUUUUCUUGGAAGCUCCUUUGCUUGGAAAGAACCCCUUCCGAAGGCAAAAACGGCGGUGAAAGCCGAAGUAAAAUCCUUGCAUAUAAUACCGAAGGAGAUCUCGCUAAAGAUAGUGAGUAAGAUUAAAGCAAACGAGAGGUUCUCUGUGUACGUUUUGAUUCCAAUGUGGCCAGGAGAUUCAGCCGAUAGUUUCGUGAGUCAGCGUACGCUCGAAUGGCAAUGGAGGACGAUGGAAAUGAUGUAUGACGACAUCGCUGGAGCAAUCCGAGAAACAAGAAUGCAGGCGGACCCUCGAGAUUACCUCUCUUUCUUUUGUCUUGGCAACCGAGAAGUCGAGCUGGAUUCCGAUUUCCGCCCGAAGAGCAAACCAGAUUUUGGAAGUCACCAUAGCACAGCUCAGAGGAACCGGCGCUUCAUGAUCUAUGUUCACUCAAAGAUGAUGAUAGUUGAUGAUGAGUACAUAAUCGUUGGAUCGGCAAACAUUAACCAGAGGUCAAUGCAUGGUGCGAGAGACACUGAAAUUGCAAUGGGGGCGUACCAGCCUUACCACAUAGCUGAUGGGGAGGGAGAAGCAAGGGGAAAGGUUCAUGAUUGCAGAAUGUCAUUGUGGUACGAGCACAUUGGAGAGCUUAAGGAGUCCUUCAAAUAUCCACAGAGCCUAGGGUGUAUGCAGCAAGUGAAUGAAAUUGCAGAUCGAAACUGGGAUCUCUUUGCCGAUAAGAAAUUUGACCAAGAUCUGCCCAGUCACUUACUCCGAUACCCAAUUAAAUUCCAAAAGAAUGGUGAGUUUGUUCGUCCAACGGAGACAGAAGCACCAGUCUUCCCCGACACACAGGUUCGCAUUAUGCCGGUGAAUUCUGACUUGUGGAGUAGUAUUCCUCUACUUUCAUAUCUUACUACUUAGAUAAAAGUUGUUCUGGAUCACCUCUUCAAUAUACCAUCAUAAUAAUGAUUGUAAAAUCCUGUGUAUAUAUAUUAAGUAAUUAAAGUGAUACUGGAAUAAGAAACACAGAACCAGGAAGAAACUUGUCCUAGGUCUGUUAGAUUUCAUCUAUCCAUAUACCAUAUUUUUCAGUUCAUUAACAUUUCUGUUCUUGUUAUUAUAUCCAUCUUUGAUCUUCUUUUCUCUUAUGUAGUGCACUAAAUUAAGUCCGGUUUA